AUGUACCCUCAACCACACUACCAAUCUCAACCCUUCAAUUCACAGCAACAAGAACAAGAACAACAACCCUACUAUUCCUUUUUCCCUCCCACUUCAGAUUCUUCGCUUCAUCCUCCCGGCACUAACCCAAUUGCAAAUUCAACACCUUUUUCUGCUCCCGCUUCUGGUUAUCAGAAUUGGCUCGCUCAACAACCUGAACCCGUCGGUUAUGAUCUUGGCAAUGCUGUUGGUUCAUCAUACGAGACUUCUGCGCCUUCUGCGUGGAAUGCUACAUGGCCACAACAAAUUUAUGGCAAUGAAACUACAACAAUGUUGCCUAACCAAGCCAAAUUCACCCAAGCGUUGAGGUGUGAAGUGUGUAAAAUAGAUGUCAAUAGCAAAGAUUCAUAUGAAAAGCACGUAGCCGGAAAGAAACAUCAGAAGAAUUUGCAAAACGGUGCAAGUUGCAUCCAAGUACAAGCGUUAAUUGGUCCUGUAGUCAAUCAAUCAAAGGCUGAGAAACAGGUGGAACAGUCAAAGGUUUGCACAACUUGCAAUGUUUUGUGCACUAGUCACGACACAUAUAUCAAACAUAUUGCUGGGAAAAAGCACGCAGCUCAGGUUUGCUUGAUGUCUAAUGGAGGCAUUGGUCCAUCUAUUGCCGAAUUCAAGCGUAUUGGAGUUCCUCCGUUUCAAAAAGCUGCUAAGAAAAUCAAAGUUGCUCAAUCGGCAUGGUGCGAAACCUGUAAGAUUAAUUGUAACAGCAGAGAUAUGUACAUUACACACUUGGCCGGAAAGAAACACUUGAAGAACUUGGAGAAACUGUCGAAUCCGAAAAUUGACGUUGGCACCAGUUCCACUGCCAAUGCUUCAAAUACUUUAAUCGGACCACAGGAAAAGCCAGGUACCGAUAAUCCAAAAGCAAAGAAGGCAUCGGAACUUGAUAUCGAGUCAAAGAAACGUAAAGUUGUGGAAGGAGGAGCAAUGGUUAAUAAUAUUAAAACGUGUACUUUAUGCAAUGUGGUGUGUAAUAGCGAGACAGUUUUCAAUUUGCACCUUGUUGGCCAGAAACAUGCUGCUAUGGUGAAGAAAGCAGGAUCAAGCACUGGUUGA